AUCAAGUACAAUGUUUAAAUAUACUUCAUUCACUCUCAUGGGAUAAGCCUUUUAACUCACAGCUUUUUAGAAUUAACAUUUUAAGAGUUUUAAUAAAGAAUGUCAGACUUUACAAAUACAGUAUUGUAACGUAAUGAAGGUAUUAGGUUUGAACAAUGGUGCCCGCUGCUUAUAUGGGGAGAGGAGAGAUGGCCUAAGCAACAAUUUCCAUCAGAGAAUAUAAUUACCAAAACUUCACAGAAUGCAUUAAAAUAUGCAUCAAAGGACCUAACCCAACAUAACUGAAAAAAAUCUGAAGGUACAGAUGAAACUACACUUAACCAAUUUCAGGAAGCACCAGAUAUUCUCAUAGAUAAUGAUUAUGCAGAUCCAUAUCAACCUCAGAAUGAUUGGCAAAUAAAACCUAGAAUAAAAUAUUGCCAAUGGUUUUUGAAAAAUUCAUACAGUAACUUUGUUUGGAUCUUGGAUUUGCUUUAUCAAUUUUUAAGCUAAUCUUGGACAUGUAAAAGUUUGGGCUGGCUUUACAAUGGGAAACUGUAAGCCCACCAUCCUUGGCCCUUAUUUCAUUGAAAAUCGAGAUAACUGUUAUUUGAAAAUGUCUACAUUUGAAAAUGUUACCGAUGAUAUACCCAUGCCAUUCUCAAGCUAUUACUAUUUCUACUAGAUGAGAAAAACUGAAAGAGAAAAAAAUCUGUUAUGAAAUAUUUGAAUUCAAAAUUUGGUGAGAAAUGGAUAUUGGAUAUGCUGUAUGUUCUUUCCUACGGCCAUCUAGAUGUCUAGACUUGACACCUGUUGAGUACUAUAUUUGGAAAAAAGUAAGCAAAAUUAUCUUUCUAGAGGAAAAUGAAGAAGUGAUUGUAUCCGUAACAGAAACAACAUGAAAAUGUAAAUGAGGUAACAUGUUCAAAAAUAAAGUUGUGAUUAUCACUGGAGCAAGCUCUGGCAUUGGUGCUGAAACAGCUAUUGAGUUCUCUAAACUUGGUGGUAAUGUUGUACUAACAGGAAGGAAUAAAGAUAAUUUAGAAAAAGUGGCUGCAUCAUGUCAGCGAGCUUCACCAGAAAACUUGCAUCCUCUUAUAGUUAUAUCUGACAUGAAUAAAGAAGAUCAUGUGGAGAAUAUCAUAAACAAAACAAUUGAAAAAUUCACUAAACUGGAUGUGCUUGUGAAUAAUGCUGGUGUUUUGGAAUCUGGAACGAUAGAAACAACAUCGUUGGACCAAUAUGAUAGAGUGAUGACUACAAAUGUUAAAGGUCCAUAUCACAUCACGAUGUUAGCUACACCAUAUCUUAUUAAAACUAAAGGAUGUAUAGUAAAUGUUUCUAGUGUGACAGGUAUGAGGUCAUUCCCUAAUGUCUUAGCAUAUUGUAUGUCUAAGGCAGCUUUAGAUCAGUUUACAAGAUGUGUCGCGUUAGAAUUAGGUGGGAAAGGUGUACGUGUCAAUGCUGUUAAUCCAGGCGUUAUAACGACCGGCCUGCAUAAGAAAGGUGGCAUGAACGACAGUGAUUAUGAGGAUUUCCUGAAAAAAUGUGCAGCAACACAUGCCUUGGGUAGACCUGGCGAUGCGUCAGAAGUAUCAUCUGUCAUUGUAUUUUUGGCUAGUGAAGCUGCUAGUAAUAUCACUGGAGCAACUUUACCGGUUGAUGGGGGACGCCAUGCUAUGUGCCCACGUUGAAAAUCCGUAAGAAAUAUAUUGUGAGAUUUAUGGCUAA